AUGGGAAACAACCCCUCGUCGUCGUCCAAGCCCGCGACGCCUGUCUCGUCACAGGACUCUCCCAAGCACCACCACCACCACAAAAGGGAGUCCAAACAUAUCAUCCCGCCCCGGUCUGCCGAGCGAGUUGCUGCCCCGCCCGAACCCUCCCUUACCCAGGCCCAAGGUUCCACGACCACAAAGGGCCCAAAGCCUCUCCAGUCCAUCCCGAUCUCCAACUUCACCACCGGUUCUCCCUCGUCGAACUCGAGUAACUCGGCCCCGCAACCGAAGCCCCCCGAAGCCAAGCACGUCGUCCGCGAUGCGCCUAGCAAGCCCGUAGACGUCCCUGCUGCCGCUGCCGCGACCGAAUCCUCCUCCCUCCGGUCUCAUUACUCCGCCCACAUGAUCGAACCAGCCUUGGUUGGGAACAGCAGCGUGAACGACAUGUCGUAUCUGACACGUCCGCCGCGUAUGCCACUCCCCAUCGAGGAGGAGAUACACACUCCCGGGUCGCCCAUCAUUGCGCCUGCCGAUGCCAACGAUGGCAGUGUUGCGGAGGUAGAAACCCUCGAGGAUGGCAUGACUAGGAAGUCGUCGGCGCUGAGCACGAACACCGUUGACGAGGAAGAUGGCGAGGAGCUGAUCGUCGACAAGACGCGGCCCACAGUGCCGACUCGUCUCGAAUGGCGCAAGGGAGGAGGGAAGGUCUACGUCACGGGAACCAUCUUCCAAUGGAACCGCAAGCAUAGAUUACAUCCUGUGUAA